AUGGCAGCAGCAAGCAGCACCCAUCCAGGGGCCCCCCUCAGCUUCGACAGGUGGGGGGCCCCCAAUGAACUCAGCAGGGGGCCCCCUUUUGCUGCUGGACUCCCCUCAAGCAUAAUAUCGCCUGUAAGAGAGACAGCGAGUUAUCAGCACUACACAAGGAAGCCGUUAGGCAGCAGCAGCAGCAGCAGCAACAGCAGCAACAGCAGCAGCAGCAGCAACAGCAGCAACAGCAGCAGCAGCAGCGGCAGGAACAACAGCAGCAGCAGCAGCGGCCGGAACAACUGCAGCAGCAGCAACAGCAGCAGCAGCAGCAGCAGCAUAGGGGCCCUUAUUAGGGAACUUGUCCAGUCACGAGUUGCCGCUCUGGGCCUUAAGGGGGCCCCCCAAGCAGCAAAGCAGAGGGCUCGCAGCGCUGCCUGGGGGGCCCUCCUCAGGCCCUCUAUUCAUUGCAACAACAGCAGUAGCAGCAACGACAGCAGCAGCAGCAGCAGCGACACGAAACAAGCACAAGAUCUCACGCUGCUGCUGCUCCUGCAGCAGAAGCAGCUUCUGCUGGUGCAGCAGCAGCAGGAUGACGCACAUUUCCUGGGGUUUGCUGCUGCAGCAAUCUGCGGUGAUUGGGGAACAGAGGGGGGCCCCACGGGGGCCCCCAUAGACUCCUGGAGGGGCCCCCCUCCGCCUUACAAGGACCUGCAGCAGCCCCUGCAGCAUCAAGACCUCAUCCAUCAGUAUCAGCAGCAGCAGCAACAACAGCAGCAACAGCAGCAGCAGCAAGAACCGACUGCUGCGACUCCCCAGCAUGCGUCUUGGGGGCCCCUUGAAGAGAGGGGCCCCCAACCAUCACUAUCAUUUUCCUCGGCGUUGCGUCUGACUUUAAAACAAGACAGCUCAGCCAUCACGAGGGAUAGGGGCCCCUUGGGGGCCCCCUUGGUAUGCUCUUUAAGGGGCCCCUUUGGGGGCCCCUGUGGGGGCCCCUGUGGUGUGGGGCCCCCUGUAAAGGGCUCAGUAAGAGGGGCCCCCCUUCAGGAAUUGCUGUCUCCUGAUGAAUCUUCUUGCGGUGCUCCUAACGGUCUCCUCUUUGGGGGCCCCCAGUGGGGGGCCCCCCCUCUGUCUCUACAGCUUUGGGGGGCCCCUCCUCCUUCAAACAGCUCUGAAACAGAACCAGCAGCAAAACAGGAAAGGGCUCCUCCCUCAAGCAGCAGCAGCACCAACAACAAUAACAGCAGCAGCAGCAGCAGCAGCUGGUUGCUUGGGGGCACUGCAGCAGGCCUCAUCGGGGACAUAAAGGAGGGGGGCCCCUUUGGUGUCUCCUCGAGGGGCUUCAUGGGGGCCCCCCAAGAGCCUCUGGAGGGGGCCCCCCAGUCGUCUAUAACCGACUCCUUUCGUGCGUUUCUCUGCAACAAGGAAGCAGCAGCAGCAGCAGCAGCAGCAGCAGCAGCAGAGGAGCAAGAAAACCCUAGAGGUGCUGAAGGAGCCUUUGGGGCCCCCCGCUUCGCCGGGGCCCUGAGGGGCCCCCUGGAACUCCCAUCUGUGGGGGCCCUCCCGAGCAGUGUUGCUGCUGCAGAUCCUGUAGCAGCAACUGCAGCAGCUGCUGCUGAAGAGCAGCAGCUGCUGCUGCGCCGUUUCACCGCUCUGUCUCUUAGAGGCGAGAAAGCAUCUGGGGUGUCUGUGGGGCCCCACAUGGAGGGGACUCUGCUGCAGCUGCAGCAGCAGCAGCAGCAGCAUCUAAUGCCCCCAAUCCCAUCAAAAGGGGGCCCCCAAAGGGGGCCCCCCUGCUCCUCUGGGGGUCUCCUCUCUAUCCCUGAAGGGGCCCUGCUGUACCCUCACCGGGGGCCCCCAGAAGAGGGGGGCCCCCCUAGACCUGGGGGCCCCCCUGGAUGUAGAGGGGGGCCCCCUGAAGAGGGGGCCCCCCCUAAUUCAUUGCCAGCAAAUAUUUGGCUGGCAGCUACCCGACCCUAUCGCUCAGCAGAGGGGGCCCUCGCGCUGCGGCUGCCAGCAGCAGCAGCAGCAGCAGCAGCAGAAAGUUUAGCUGAGGCGGCACUCGGAGGCACCCUUAUGGGCCUCACGCAGAGGUUAGAGACAGCAAGAGCAGCACUGCUGCAAGGAGACAGACAGCUGGAGGAGACAGACAUCCCACCUGCUGCUGAGAGCCCCAGGGCCCCCCCUACUCUGCUGCAUCUGCAGUGGUCUCAAGCAAGACCCUGGGGGCCCCCUCAGGGGCCCCCGGGGGGCCCUAGGGGGGCCCUAAAGGUUGAGCAGCUAAGCUCUGCGCCUCUUUGGCUUCGCUGCUGCUGUGCUGCACUUUGUGGAGACCCUUCUCCUUUGUUUCCUCUUGCUGCUGUCUGCUGCUGCUGCAGCAGCACGAGCCCGGAGCAGCAGCAGCAGAUGAUCUCUCCUGAGGUGUACAUACACCCGCAAGAGGUACUCUUCAGGUCCGCCUGCUGCAGCAGCAACAGCAGCAGCAGCAGCAGCAACGGUGGCUGCCCUGCAAGGGCACGGCCUUUCUUUGCUGCUACUGAUUUGUGCUGCUGUUACGAGGCGCUGAUCGCUGCGCACGGCCCCACAGCAGCAGCAACAGCAGCAGCUGAAAAUGCAGCAGCAGCAGCAGCAGCAGCAGCAGCAGCAGCAGCAGCAGCACGUGAGGGCGCCUGCAAGGUUUCGGGGCCCUGGAGGGACGCCCUGCAGGAAAUUGCUGAUUUGGGGUCUCUUGUGCUGCGGCUGAAGUCCUUCUGUACAGAGUUUCUGCUGCCUCCUUCUGUGGUCAUCUCCCGCAGCAGCAGCAGCAACAGCAGCAGCAGCAACAGCAGCAGCAGCAGCAAGCAGCAGCAGCAGCAGCAGCAGCGGCCUCUGUUUUAUGGCCUUACUCUAGCUGCCUUUGCUAGGGCUGUUGAGGCGGAGUUGUUGGCUUUUGAAAGAUACUUAGUAAAUGAGGUGUAUAUACACCUCAAGUGCUGCGGCUCCCCGCUGCUGCUGCUUGCAGCAGUACGCCGCUGGCAGCCUUUGCUGCUGCUGCUCGCCCGCCUCUGUGGCCUAGACUUCCCCUGCAGCAGCAGCAGCAACAACAACAGCAGCAACGACAGCAACAGCAGCAGCAGCAGCAACAGCAACAGCAGCAGCAGCAGCAACAGUAGGGUACUGUGGCGCUUCCCUCGAGGGACAGCUCUGCUGUCUCGCCUAAUGACGGCUUGCGCUGCGCUGCAGCACCUCAGGAGGGCUCCUCUCCUGCAGCAGCAGCAGCAGCAGCAGCAGCAGGUUUAUGGUGGGGAGGCCGCCUUAGCCCUCCGGCUGCUAGAAGCCUCUGCCCCUGCCUUUCUGCACACGUUGUCUCGCUGCUGUUUUGCGGGUACACUGGAGGAUCUGUCUUUGGAGUUUUCAGCGCCAUUUGAGGGCCCCCCGGGGGGCCCCCCUGUGUGGGGUGUACGUGCACCGGGGUCCUGCGAGCUGCUGCUGCUGCUGCCGGAGCCUCUUCUCUUUCUGGGGCCCCUUGCUGCGCGGUGUACCGCGCUGCAGCAGCUGCUGCUGCAGUACGAUCCUGCUGCUGCUUCUGCUGCUUGUCUCUUCCUCUCGCAGCAAGCCGCCAGCAGCCACACCCACAGCCAAUGCAGCGGCCGCAGCAGCAACAGCAGCAGCAACAGCAACAGCGGCAGCAGCAGCAGCAGCAGCAGCAACAGCAGCAGCAGCAGCAGCACCAUUCCUGAACCGGAGUCGGACCCCAUAGAAGAGUCAUGGGGGGGCCCCAAACGUCUUUUUGGGGCCCCUGGGGGCCUCGGAUUUGCCGAGUUUUGUGUUGCAGUGCAGCAGCAGCAGCAGCGGCAGCAGCAGCAACUGAUGCUGCAGCCGCCUACAGUUCCAGCGUUGCAGGAUGCCCCCAGCAGCAGCAGCAUCAACACCAGCAGCAGCAGCAGCAAGGACUGCGGGGAAGAAGUCAGUUGCUGCAGCCUUCCUGCGACUCCAACAGCUCUUAUGCUGCAGGGAAGCCCGUGCAACAGCAACAGCAGCAGCAGCAACAGCAACAACAACAGCAGCAGCAGCAGCAGUUCGUUGUUUCUUACAUUUGAGGCCCGUAGCAUUGCAGCAGCAGUCUCGCAGCAAGACAAAUGCUUCGCAGCAGCAGCCAGCCGUCUUCUUAGCCUUGCUGUAAACGGAGAGACAGAAACGUCCGUUGCUGCUGAUCUGCAGCAGCAGCAGCAGCAGCAGAUUCUGCUGCUGCAACGGGAUAUACAAUAUGAGCAAAACCAGCAGCAACAGGACCAACAGCAACAGGAAGAACCGCCAGAACAGGCGGAGCAGCAGCAGCAGCAGCAGCAGCAACAGGAGUCUACCGGCGAGUUUGCUGCUGCUGCUGCUGCUGCUGAUGCAGUUGUUCCUGCUGCUGUUGCUGCAGCGCAGGAAGCCCCGCAGGUGGGGGCCCUGGGGGCCCCCCAACGUUUAGAGUGCGUGAGGGGGGCCCCCCUGGGUAAGGAACUUCGAGUGCUGCUGCACCAACGGCUGCAGCAGCAUGUCGAGCACCAGCAACAGCAGCAGCAGCAGCAGCAGCAGCAGCAACAGCAGCAGCAGCAGCAUCAGCAACAACAUGCAGCAGGACAGCUGCACAGAUAUGGGAUCCGCUUCCCCGCAGUCCAGGUACCCGCAGAGCAAGCCGCAGCAAAUGUAGCAGCAGCAGCAGGCGCUGCUGCUGCUGCUCGUGCUGGAGCACCUGCUGCUGGGGCGGCCCUGUGUACUGACAUCGAGCUGCUGCUGCAGGGGGCCUUAGGCUCCCUCCCCAGCAGCGCAGCAGCAAAGCAGCAGCAACAGCAGCAGCAGCAACUGCUGCGUCUUACCUGCAACAUGCGCUCGGGCGUAGCCGCAGCGGCAGCAGCAGAAGCAGCAGAUGCAGCAGCAGCAGCAACAGCAGCAGCAGAGCUGCUGGGCGCACUCCAGAUCCUCCCAGAUGCCUCGUCUCCCCUGCAGUUGCUGCUGGCCUCCCCUGUAAGGGAGAGGUACUCUGACGUCUUUGUUUUCCUCCUGCGUCUUGAUGCUGCUUUGGGGGCGCUCGGUGAUUGUUGGCUGCUGCGCAGGCAGCAGCAGCAGCAGCAACGCCAGCAGCAGCAACAGCAGCAGCAACAGCAGCAGCAGCAACAGCAGCAACAGCAGCAGCAGCAGCGAUUUGCUGCUAGAUCCUUGCAGCUGCAGCUGCAGCUGCAGCACUUUUUAAGGGCAGUAAAAGACUUCGCCUUGACAGACGCCAUUGAGGCAGAGUGGAAGCUGCUGCAGGGACAAGUAGCAGCAGCAGAAGCUGCAGCAGCAGCAGCAGCAGAGACAGCAGAUGCAGCAGCAGCAGCAGCAGCAGGAAAGAGUAGUCUAACCUUCUUUGCGCUCGUUGAGGCCCACAGCCGCUGCGCCGAGAAUAUAUAUACCAGGUGUCUCCUGUCUCCUCGUCUCGCCCCUCUUCAGAAGAAGCUGCUCGCAAUAAUGCAGUGCGCAUGGCGGCUCAGGGCGUUGCUGCUGCGGCAGCAGCAGCAGCAGCAGCAACAGCGACAGCAGCAAGAGUUGGGAAUGCUGCAGGAUGGUCUUGAGGGCACUCAGCAGCAGCAGCAGCAGCAAGGUGUUGUGCGGGCGUCUCUCUCGCGUUGCUUCUCUCUUGCUGUUGCCUCCUCUACUCCAACGACGGCAGAAUCAGCAGCAGCAGCAGAAGCAGCAGCAGCAGCAGAAGCAGCAGCACGCGAGUUGGAGUGUCUAUACUUUGAUUACGAGCGCAGCAGCAGGGCCUUUGUGAGGGCCCUCUUAGUGCUGCAGCCUCUAAACAUUCUGUCUCCUUUGCUGCUGCGCCUCAACUUUAAUGGAGUUGCUGCUAAACUGUACAACAAAUAA